AUGGCUAUUUCCUCCUACCUCAAAUGGGCUGCACUCAUUUUGGCCACCGCUCAACUCGGUGCUGCUCAGACUUAUACUAGUUGUAACCCGCUGAACAAGACCUGUCCCGCAGAUACUGGUCUUGCCAAGUGGGAAUUCAACACCGACUUCACUUCUGGCUCCUCGGCAUUCAGCAAGUGGAACACCACUGCUGGAACUGUUGAGAGUACUUCUCUUGGUGCAAAGUUCACCAUCUCCGAGCAGGGCGAUGCCCCUACUAUCGAGAGCGACUUCUAUAUCUUCUUCGGUCGGGUCGAGGUUAAGAUGAGAGCUGCAAAUGGCACUGGUAUUAUCAGUACUACUGUGUUGGAGUCUGACGACCUUGACGAGAUUGACUGGGAGCAAAUUAGCACUUACGACUACUCCAUCGAGACUGACUACUUCGGCAAGGGCAACACAACUUCCUAUGACCGCGCCACUACUGUGAACGUGACAACUCCUGAAGAAACUUUCCACACCUAUACCGUUGACUGGACUUCCAGCCGCAUUGAGUGGCUGCUGGACGGCGAGGUCGUUCGCACGCUGAAUUAUGCCGAUGCUCUGAACGGCAAGAACUACCCCCAGACCCCCAUGCGCAUCAAGAUCGGUAUCUGGGCUGGUGGUGACCCCGACAACGGCGAGGGUACUAUCGAGUGGGCUGGUGGCGAGACUGACUACACUGCUGGCCCAUUCACCAUGUAUGUCGAGUCUGUCAAGGUCAUCAACUACAACCCUGCCUCCGCGUACAAGUACACCGACAAGACUGGUGACUACACCAGCAUCAAGGCCACUAACGGCACCACUUCGACAAACCUGGCUUCCACUUCCAGCUCCGUUAAGGCUUCCUCGGCUUCCAGUUCUUCAUCUUCCAAGUCCUCGGCCUCCAGCUCUGCCAGCUCUGCCAGCUCUUCUGCGUCUGCCACUGUUUCUGCUGCCGGUUCGAUCUCGCCAUACUCUGUCUUUGCGACCCUCAUGGUCGCUUUCAUUGUGUGUGUUUCUCGCUCUAAUUGA